GCUUCCGCGUGGCAGGCAGAGUGCAGAGCCCAUUCCACCCAGGUUAGUGUUCCUCUUGCUCCGGGUCGAGCGAGCUCGGGAUUGUGGUGCCACCGGAGAGGUGAAGGUCUCUCAAGGGAUUUAGCACUCGCCUUUAUGAUUGCCAACUCGUGUUCUGACUAGGAUCCCCCUCUAAUCGGGCCUCUUGCCAGGCCUCUGUUCACCUGGUGGUGGCAGACCAUCUGCCUUCUAUUGUUCCCAGUUAAGUAGUUCUGGAGACCUCUCCUCUGCCCUUUAUGGAAAGUCGGCCACUCGGAGGCACCACCUCGGUUUUUUUUGUUUGUUGUGUUUUUGUUUUUAGACGAGAUUUCACCAUGUUGUCCUGAAUGGCCUGGAACUCACUAUGUAGACCAGGCUAGCCUGGAAUUUGCAGAAAUUCACCUGUCUGUGCCUCCUGAGUGCUAGGAUUAAAGGUGUGCGCCACCAUGCCUGGUAUUACCUCUGGGUUUGCAGCGUCUGUACACAAUUUUCUCCCUCCUCCCAGCUAUUUACUCAGCUCAGGACUGCCGAUGUGGUCUCCUGGCUUCCGUUUCUGCCUGCGCCCAUAAGCUACUCCUCAUAACAGUAACCCCCUUACAGGAUUAGAGUGACUUUGUACCCCAUUCUGAAUAAAUGCCAGGCAGAAGGUGGUGGCCACUCUCAGGAGACAGAGAUGCCAGGCAGAAGGGACAGUUUUCAGGGGCAAUUGAGGUCUGAAAGUUGCCCAGCAAGAAUCUUCACUGGGUCAUUUGGAGGUUGAUCCUGGAGGCACCUUCUGAGCUUGGUGAUUCUCAGCUUGCUGGGCAGGGCUUGAGGGAAUGAAGUGGUGAGACACUGAUGGGUGCAUAAUCCAGGCAAGAGGGAGGAUGGAAUCAAAAGCCAGGAAGGAAAUAUUUCAAGGAGCAAUGCUCGGUCAUGAGGGACGAGUGAGCUCUGAGCGCUGCUUGCUGGGCUCAGCAAUCAGAAAGAACUCUUGGGGCCAAAGGGGGUGUGUUCCUGGGAUACUUGAGAGUAAGGGGGAGGAGCCACAGGGCCUCCCAGGCUGUGAGUGGGCCAGUGCUAACCUUAGUCACAGAAGAACCUAGAAAAGAUAACUGGGCUGGAUCUGCUGAUUGUUAAUAUGCAAAACAGCGAUUGUAAAGGAGAGGAGAUCAAGGCAGAGACCAAUGACUGAGACAAGCAUGCUGGCCAUGGAGUAGGUGGGAAGUAUCUGGUUUCUCCCUCUCUUUUGAAGCUACAAACAGGAUGGGCUGUACUCUUUUAGGGGAUCUGAACAUGAGUUCUGAGGAUGGAUUAGGGACUUUGGAAAGCAAGUCAAGACUGGAUUUUGCAUUUUGAGCCCCCCACAGGGUGAGUGAUCAGGGUGGCCCUAGACCCCAGAGCGUGAAGUCUGAGUGCCUGGAAGGGCGGAGCUUCAUUUCCCUGUAGAACAUCAUUUGGUGAAAGGAAUCGGGCAUGUGGGGGUUGAGGGCUGAGUGGCACUGGUCCUGCCCUCGUGGGAGUUAGUGACAGUAAGUCGGCAGUUGCCAGAUAAUCCUGAUCAUUGUGGUCAAUCCCAGGGCAGCUGUGCCUGCUCGGAUUGACAAGAGGCUACUGAACAGUCCAAGCUGGAAAUGCGGUGCUCUGGGGGAGAGGACUGAGCCCGCAAAGUUUUUACUGGUUCAGCAGAACUGGUAACCUAGAGGUGAUGCAGGAGGCUGCGGUGUGCCUAGAGGAGGAGGGCACCAUGCCUUUCAUGGGUGCUGUCUGGUAUCCUACCUCCUCUACUAAAAUCCAAACAUCUGUAGCCCUCUGUCUACAAAUAGCAGGCUUUUCCGGGUUCUGGUCAGCCCAGGAAGUCAAAGUCAGUGACACCUACCUUGUCUCCAUGGUCAAGGCUGUAAUAAUAGUGACCUCAAAACUGUGCAACGCGUUCUUAAAGGCACCCCACUUAUUGCAUGUCUUCCUCCCUGCCCCCCUGAAAUCACAUCGUCGGGUCUUUGUUUUCUUGAUGCAGAAAGAAGCUGCCCUUCCCUUAGUCUCCCCUGUGCAAGGGCCACUCUGGGUAGGUCGUCAUUUCCGCAGCCUCCACACAACAUAGACUAUCCAUGUGACCCGCUUCUCUCUCCCUUCAGCUCCAGAGUGCAGACAUCCUGGGUGACCAGCUUCCCUUCUUUUUCCAUUAGCCCAGCAGUGUGGGUAUCUCUUAUGACCCCUCUCCUCUCCCAUCAGCCCUGCAGUGUAGACGCCCCAAAUGAUCUCCUACUCUUUCCUUCACAGUGUAGACAUCACAAGCUUCCUGCGAUGCCCGCCCCAACGUGUUCCUCCUGCCACGCGGCUCGUGCUGCUCUCCGCCGCCCGCGCUCAGGGCAGGCGCUGUGCGGCUCCUGCUUCUGUGCGGCCUUUGAGGCCGAGGUGCUGCACACGGUGCUCGCAGGGCGCCUGCUGCCCCCGGGUGCCGUGGUGGCCGUGGGCGCCUCGGGCGGCAAGGACUCCACGGUCCUGGCACAUGUGCUGCGCGAGCUCACGCCGCGCCUGGGCAUCACGCUGCACCUGGUGGCGGUGGACGAAGGCAUCGGCGGCUACCGUGACGCAGCGCUGGAGGCCGUGAGCAGCCAGGCAGCGCGCUGGGAGCUGCCGCUCACCAUUGUGGCCUAUGCAGACCUGUUCGGGGGCUGGACGAUGGACGCCGUGGCCCGCAGCACGGCCGGCUCUGGCCGCAGCCGUUCCUGCUGCACCUUCUGCGGGGUGCUGCGGAGGAGGGCGCUGGAGGAGGGCGCUCGCCUAGUGGGAGCUACACAUAUCGUGACAGGCCACAAUGCCGACGAUAUGGCGGAGACAGUGCUCAUGAACUUCCUGCGUGGUGAUACGGGGCGGCUGGCACGGGGCGGAGUGCUGGGCUCUGGGGGCGAGGGGUGCGCCCUCCCGCGGUGCCGGCCACUGCAGUUCGCUUCGCAGAAGGAGGUGGUGCUGUACGCGCACUUCCGCCGCCUGCGCUACUUCUCCGAGGAGUGCGUGUACGCGCCCGAGGCCUUCCGCGGCCACGCUCGCGACCUGCUCAAGCAGCUGGAGGCGGCGCGGCCAUCCACAGUGCUGGACCUCGUGCACUCGGCAGAGCGCCUCGCUCUUGCCCCGGCGGCUCGGCCGCCUCCUCCAGGCACCUGCUCCCGCUGCGGGGCGCUGGCCAGUCACACACUCUGCCAGGCCUGUGCACUCCUGGAUGGCCUCAACCGAGGCCUGCCACGCCUGGCCAUUGGCAAGGGCCGCCGCGUGCUGCAAGCCCAGCCACCACUGCCCGGGAACCGGAGCCAGGCCACCAGUGACCCUGUGGCCCCACAGGGACCCUGCACCUGUGAGCAAUCCAGAGAUGGAGUCACCCUCUGCCGGGAUGGAGGAGGCCAGGCAGGAGCCACCUGUGCCCUGCAGAGUGACCUGAGCGCCACUGAGUGACCUAAGCCCUGCACUCUACAUUGCCCUGUGCCCUGGGAAGUGACUGUACUCUGUAGUGCCCUGUGCCUGUGAAGCAAUCUGUGCACUGUGAAGUGACUGCCCUGCAGUGUCCUGCCCCUCUAAAGCUACCUGUCUGUGUCUUAUGGGACCUGAGCCCUGUGAAGUGACUGUGUCUCAUGGGAGGACCGUGCCCUGGGCAGCAACCUGAACCUUGGAGAAGUUGAGGGAGAAGAGACCAACAACUGUGCAUUUCCGCGCACUUCUGUGGGCUCAGGAAAGCCCUGGCUCUCACUUUGUUUGCCCAAGUCAGGUAAACAAAGCUAAAUGAGUAGGAGAAACAUAUUCACAAUCAUCACUGUGCCCCUUUCAUCGAGGUAAAACACAGCUCUUGCUCCUAAGGGAAUCAGAGAAAGCCUAUUCUGAACCAGCUAUUCUGAACCAGCUAUUCUGAACCAGCUAAGGGUUUCCAUGGCCCUGUGCAUGGAUUCAGGUUGCCCCGGAACGCUGCUGUGGAAGCAGUUACAUAAACAUUUAAGCCCUAGAUCUACAGAAGGUCAUUAAUCAAGCCUAUUGGCCAAACACACUGGUGUAGGCAGGUUAUAGCAAGGCUUGGGAAAUCCCUGCUGUGGGCCUCAGCUGCUCUCUGAUGGCAGUCUUAGCCUGCGAGUCCUUGGAAGACAGUGGUCUGCUGAGUUGAUACAUUCCAAACCAAGCUUGCAUGGUUUUCGUAUGACUGUUGGGUCAGUGUCCUGGUUGGUGCUUUUUGGUUUUAUUUUGCCAACUUGACCCUGGCUGGAAUCACCUGACAAAAUGCCUCCAUAAGAUCGGCCCAUAGGGCAUUUUCUUGAUUGAUGAUUGAUCUGGAAGGGCCCAGCCCACUGUGAGUGCCGCAGUCCCUAGGCAGGUGAUUCUGGGUACUAUAAGAAAGCAGGCUGAGCAAGCCAAUAAGCAGUAUUCCUCCAUGGCCUCUGCCUCAGUUCCUGCUCUGACUUCCCUUGCUAAUGGAGUGUGACCCGAGAGAUGAGAGAAAUAAAACCUUUCCUCCCUAA